AUGGAGGACGAGCGCGUGUCGAUAGUGGUUGAGUCAAGAAACGGCGCUGCGAGACAAACAGCUUCUUACGGCGCCGAACCAAUGCGCGACGUCGCUGGAGACGUCGCAGGCGAGUCACACGCCGAAAAUGACGACUUAACCACGUCGGCGUUCGACGAAACUACAGGCGGAAGCGGAGCCGCCGUCGACGGCGGCUCGGCUGAUCUCUCGACUAGCCGUCGACGGCGGCGUGGUCUUUGGCGGGCGCUAGUCAACAAACAGACAGAUGACGCGACGGGAACAGACGACCAACUGGAACGAAAGGGUCUGUGGCAAGGAGCUCCAAGCGCGCACAUUUCGUGCAUACCUUGCGUCUCGUACAGCAAAGGCAAUGGCGGGGCCGCUGAUCACGACGGCGACGAAAACGGAGACCGAGGCGCGUCCUGGCCUAAGCUUCCGAAAUCGCUUUCGGGAAGUAGUGGUAGCCGGAGCGGACGAGGAGGAGACGGCGGGGAGGACGGCAAGGAUAUCGAAGCGGCGAUCCGCGUGCGCACCGCCGACUUCGACGCGAAGAGCGAGAACCACUAUGUGAUCGUGAUCCACGGGACGUUCGACGCGCCGCCGCCGGACGGCGCGCCGACGUGGUACCAACCGCCAGCGCCCGGCGAACAGAACUUCUGCCGGAAGCUCAGCCGGCUGUUUGCGCUGGGACCCAUCGGGGAGGAUGCCAUCUGGCGCGACCUGCCGUGCUCCGCGCUCCCGGGAAUCCCGUACCCGUUCCACUGGGACGGCACCAACACGCACCUGGGCCGCGUCACCGCCGCUAUGAAGCUGCACAAUCUGAUUGACCAAAUCGCUCAGAACGAUCCGGCAGCUCGAAUCCACCUGGUGGCGCAUUCUCACGGCGGCAAUGUCAUGCUCAAGACGAUCGAACUGUACAUGGCGAAGUUGGGGCGGCGGCCGAAGAACGAGUGGCACCCGGCGGUGGCGAGGCAGUUUUGGGCGGCGCACAGGCGGAGCUAUGAGCUGAUCAAGAGGUGGCGGCGCAUCGACAUGCGCGGGUCGUGGUGGCGCUUCUUCCCCUUCCUCGUCGUCUUCCGCGGUUUCAACGGGCAGAAGACAACGGGGGUGAAGGAGAGCUACCCGUGGGCGUACCAGCAGUGGCUGGACUCGCUGCUGCGGCUCCCAGCAGUGCGGCAGCGGCGCUUCCUGGCGUUCCGCCACGCCACCUCGCCCAUCACCAACGCCCUCGGCGCCCUCGUCUUCCUCGGCACGCCAUUCUACAUCAAGAAGUGGCAGACCAAUGGGUUUCUCUGGCUGCUCGUGUCUACGGUGCUCAAUGUGGUGCUGCUGUAUGUCUUCAUUCUCGUCUACACGUCCAUCUGGCAAAUCAUCGUGCUGCUCAUCGCCGGCCGGCCCCAAGACUUCUAUGGGCAGAGCGCCCCUCCUUUCAUCAUCGCCACUGGAAUCAUGCUUCUCAUCAAUGUGAAGCAAGUCAUGGAUGUUCUGCGCACCACAGUGUUCUACAGUGGCAAUCUCUACCACAAGCCAACCUUUGACUGGUCGCCGGCAAUGUCUGCUCUUGUCAUUCAUGCCGGCAAGCUCGACGAGGCCAGUCUAGCGCUAUCCAUGGAGCCAAUCACGCGAGCCUACGUCUUCCCCCACCUGACAAAACUCCUGAAGCAGACCCCCUGGGCGCCCUUCCCCAAGCCCCCAACCCGUUACGCGCGCCAGGUGGACUGGUGGGCCUUUUUCUUCCACUGCGCCAUCAUCCUCGUGUGGGACACUCUCUUCUUCCUCCCAGCUGCCAUCAUGUCCGUUUGCUCACACAUCAUCGCGCCCAUUGUCACGGGAACACUUCAGAAGAUGAUUGUGACGGUCAGCUUCGGACUGUCCCCAGGGGAUCUGAACUACGCGUAUAUCUACGUGGACGAGCACUUGGAUUUGGACUUAGCCACUCAGCAAGUCGACCACUGGAACGUUCAGAAACUGCUGGCAGAGGCGAAGACCAAGUCACUCAAGGGAGAGUUGAUGCCAGGCUAUGAGGAUGACACCGUGGAGCAACCCGAGUGGCUGGAACCCGUCCUGCAGUCGCCCCACCAGCCCUCACACCUGCACUCCCCACAUGCCACUACACCAACAGGAGCAGCAGCAUCGCCAGCAGCUGCUGCUGCUUCUGCUGGUUCUCCCGUUGAUUUUUCAGCCUCUCCCCGCGGCACGCAGCAGAGUCAGGGCGCGUUCGGGAGGCCAAGGAGCAGGAAGGGGGUCAGGGGCGGGAGGCUGACAACGCUGGCUGCAGUGGCAGAGGCAGCAGUAGAAGCAAAUGAAAGGGGGGUGAGUCUCGGGUCACCUGAGAGGGAACCACAGGCAGAAGCAGCUGUAGGGGUGCAUGAGAGGGUGGGGGUAGGAGCAGUAGCAAGGGGCUAUCAGAGGGAGCAGGGAGGGGAGACUGCAGCAGGGUUGUCUGAGCAAGUCGGGGUAGAUGCAGGGAGGGGAGGAGCGGGGAGAGUGGCGGAGGGGCGUGUGGUAAUGGGAGGAGUUGCAGAACGGGUGGAGCAGAGGCGGGGGAGCGGUGGAGAGGAAGAGUGGUUUGAUGCGCCUGAGGAAGAGUGGGAGGGAAGGGGGGAAAAAAGCCCGCAGAAGCAGCAGAAUCAGCAAAACCAGCAGAAGCAGCAGAAGCAGCAAAAGCUGGUGAGGAAUGUGAGCUUGGACCGACCGGAGGAGGAGGAGCAGAGCCUGGAGCGAGCGGCUGAAUUUCUGGCUGCCUUAAACUCGCCUUCAGACACGAAUAGCACUGCUGCUGGUAGCGGCGGCGGGGGUGGCCGUGGUGCUGCUGCUGUUAUGAAGCUGCCUCUACCGCCUCCCGCCUUCUCGUCCCACGCAGCGGCGCACCCCACAUUGUCUGUUCCCGGAGGAUUUUCAACAACUCGCGCUCGCGACCCAGCCCGUUCGACAGCAGAUGAAGCUUCUGGGAAGGUGCAUGACGACGCUUCCGCAUCAGCAGCCGCUUCCGCAGCAGCUACUGCUAGUGCAGCAGCCAUCUCUGUGCCAGAAGCACCAGCUGAGAGCGGAAGAGAGAAGCUGGUGUACGAGUUUCUGUGGGACGAUCAGGAGCUGGCAGUGAUGGCAGAGCAAUCACAAACCUUCCAGCGUCUCAAGUCCCAAAUGAACAAAAUCGGCCGCAACCCGCGGCUCAGCGAGCGCGAGUUUGAGCGGCAGCUGCAGCAGCUGUGCGUCAUGAUCGAGGAGCGGAUGGGCGAGCUCACCGGGCGUUUUGACCUGAACCACGGCGCGUACUUUCGAGAUCCUCGCAUUCUCCGUGUGAUCGCUCAUUUCAUUGAGAAACGGGAGCUUCCGGAGUGGUCGAAAGGGAUUGACGGGGAUAUUUGGCGGUGGAAUGAGAAUCUGGCUAAGAUUCAGUCGAAGCAGCUGCAGCAGAUGGCCAUGGGGGGUGGUGGGGGCGGAUCAGGAAAUUCCGGAGGUUCGGGAGGUUUAGGAGGUUCGGGAGGGAAGGUGGGAGAGGGCUCGUCACGAGAGAAGGAGAUUUCUGGCGGUUCUAUUGGUGCUGCGAAGCUGAAAUCUCUGCUUAAGAACAUGCGAGGGGGGAGCGGGAGGGAAGGUGGGUUCAAAGGAUCAACUCCCAGCUUUGAGAACAUUUACUUGAAUGCUGCUGAUAGUUCUGGCUCUGUAGGCUCAGAAGGAGGCUCGGUAAGAGGUAUGUCAAGUUUCAGUGGCUUGGAGAGCGUCAGGGGCAAGGCUGUCAGCUUCGGCGUUUCUGGGGCGCCUCGGCCGAAGCUGGACUUGCCGAACCUGAAACCCGCGGCUAUUGCGGCUCCUUUAAAAAAGAUAAGGUCGACGGUGGUUGGUGUAGCAUCUACAGUGUCGUCUACAGUUAAUGUUGCACGGCAUCAAGGGGAUUUUGUUCCAACAGCUCGAAACCCCCAUCAUCAAUAG